AUGGUAGGCUAUGACACCUACCUGAGAGGCUGUGGCUACCAGAGGGACCCAGCUACCGCUGAGCCUAGCAUGGCCAAUAUCCACGUGGCUGAGCAGGUGUGGGUGGGGAAACUGAGGCUGAGCCACAAUCUGUCUGGAAGGCCAUGGUGCAAGGCCAUUUUUGCUGGCUACAAGCGAGGCCUCUGGAACCAAAGAGAGCACAGGGCUCUUCUUAAAAUGGAAGGUGUUUAUGCCCGAGAUGAAACUGAGUUCUACUUAGGCAAGAGGUGUGCUUAUGUGUACAAAGCAAAAAACAAUACAGUGAUUCCUGGAGGCAAACCAAACAAAACCAGAGUGAUCUGGGGAAAAGUAACUCGGGCCCAUGGAAACAGUGGCAUGGUUCAUGCCAAAUUCCGAAGCAACCUUCCUGCAAAGGCCAUUGGACACAGAAUCCGUGUGAUGCUGUACCCAUCCCGGAUUUAAACUAAUGGAGAGUAGAUAAAUAAAAGAUUUGUGCUCUUGAAAAAAAAAAAAAGAAAGAAAAAGUAUCGGGUUCUAAAAACCUGUUUAGGAAGCCGAGCCUAACAGCUUGUGCCUUUAAUUCAAGCACUCAGGUGGCAGAGGAAGGUGGAUCCAGAUUUCUGAGAGUUCAAGGCCAGCCUGGUCUACAGAGUGAGUUCCAGGACAGCCAGGGCUACACAGAGAGACCCUGUCUGGAAAACCCAAAAUAAAUAAAUACAAACAACUGUUUAGGAGUCGGAAAGACAAGUCAGGGAGGAGUGGUGGCAGCCAGUGAGCUGUGGACCUGAGUUCAGUCCCUGGGACCCGCAUGAUCGAAGGAGAGAGCCGACCAACCCAAAGUUUGUUUAUGACUCCCACACACGGGCGGAGAUGUACACACACAAGCGGAGAUGUACACACACAAGCACGCAUGCACACCCAGCGGCACAUAAAUAGUUAAACUCAAUGAAUUAAAACAAAAUGGCCAUAGUCGUACAAGGCCAAACCCCAUUAUCAAGAAAGAAACGUGGUAGAAACCCAAAGAAGUUGUGGAACUGGAACUGCCGUUCCACCAGGGUGGAGCGAAGCCUGUGGCCGGCUAUGUAUAUGUUUUCCUUUUGAAACUGUCUCAGGUAGCCCAGGCUGACCUCCAAUCUGCAGUGAAACUGAGAUUGACCUUGACCUCCUGAUAUUCCUGCUUCUGCCUCCUCAGGCGUGACCAGUGGGCACUAUCACCAUGGUUUAUGGGGUUCAGGGGGUGGAACCCCGGGUGGCAUGCAUGCCAUGCCAUGUGAGUGCUCUCCCCAGUGAGACGCAGUCUCCCAGCCCCUCCAUGAGCUUCAGAGUGCAGCCGAGACCUUGACUCACCGGCAGGACUCUGGCUAUGGCUGAAUACUUAGGGGGUAGGAGGUGAUUUCAGCUGGUGUGGUGGAAACUCAGUCUGGAGAAACCUGGGCUAAGGGAAGGGCCUAACACCCCUCCUCCACCUUAGAAGGUGCCAGGGCCUCUAUUUCAUGUGGGGUCAGUUUCUACCCCUCUGCCUCUGUCUCCUGUCUACAACCGGUCUCAGAGUUCUGUCAAUAAGCCACUGCUUAAUUUACGACUGUAUUUUUAGCGUUUUAAUUUAAAAUGAUGGAGAGACUACAGAAGGGUACAAGGGACCAUUCAGGACAGGUCUGGUGUGCUGGCCUGUCAUCCCAGCUAUGAGGCUGAGGACAGGGGAGCUGCAGUUAAAGGCUCCCGAGCCCCACACUGAGGAUUUCUCUGUAUAGCCCUGGCUGCCCUGGAACUCCCUCUGUGGACCAGGCUGGCCUUGAAUUCAGAUAUCCACCUGCCUCUGCUUCCAGAGCACCACCUUCUGCCCUGCUCAAGGACUUAUUUCAGCAAGCCUUUGUUUUAAAAAAUGCAAAAUAGGACUGGGAGUGUGGUAGGGUGGAGCGCGGUCAGGGUGGACCCCUAUCUAGAAUUCCCCAGUAACAGGCUGGGGGCGUGGUCAGGGUGGAGGACUGUCAAGAAUCCCCCCACCCCCACCCCCGCUGAGGGGCUGGGGCGUGGUCAGAGUGGAGCCCUGCCUAGAGUCUCCCAGUGAGGGUGUAGGAAUGAAGUUCUGGAAUUCAUCUAACUUCUAAAACAAAAAGGUAAAACCUUUAUGCUAAUCAGAGCGUUUGGCUGGCUGGUCUGAGCUUUUUGAGACAGGGUUUCUCUGUGUAGCCCUAGCUGUCUGGAAACUUGCGCUGUAGAUCAGGUUGACCUCGAACUCAGAGCUCUGCCUGCCUCUCUCUGCUUCCCGAGGGAGGGAUGGGAUUAAAGGUGUGUGCUACCAGCCCAGCUGGGGUGAUCAGAGUUUGAAGUGAUCCUGGCCCAGAGCACAGCAGGCAAGGAUUGUGUUUCCAGGACUUUAAUUUUUAGUUAAACACCCUUGGGUCUCCAGGCUUAGUGAUGCACACCUUUAUUCCCUGCACUCUGAAGGCAGAGGCAGGUGGAUUUCUGUGAGUCCAUGAUCGGCCAGGCCUACAAGGUAAAUUCUAGAACUUUUAUGGGCUAUGUAGAAAGACACUGUUUUGAAACCUGUCCCCUGCCCCCUUAAAAACAAAAAACAAAACCAAAACAGCGGGGGGG